AUGAGUGUUCUCUCCGCUAAUUUGGGUUUCCCGCGUAUGGGUGCAAAUCGAGAGUUAAAACGUCAAGUUGAAGCAUAUUGGUCAGGCAAAAUUAACGAUUCUGCUCUUUUAAAAGUUGCCGAUGAAUUACGCAAAAAUCAUUGGAUACUUCAAAAGAAUCAACUUGGGUUAGAUAUUGUUCCUAGUAAUGAUUUCUCUUUUUAUGAUCAAGUCUUGGAUCAUGCAUUUACAGUUGGUGCAAUCCCGAAGCGCUAUCGAGAUGUUUUUAUUAAGAAUGAUGAUGAUCUGUUACCCUCUGCAUUAGAAGGUAACAAGCUGUCAACAUACUUUGCAAUGGCAAGAGGAUUUCAACAAUUUCCAGGUGAAGGCUCUGAUUUGCCUGUUAUAGACUUGGAAGCAAUGGAAAUGAAAAAGUGGUUUGAUACAAAUUAUCAUUACAUUGUUCCCGAAUUUGAACCAAACCAGCAGUUCAAGUUGACCAGUAGUAAGUUCCUUGACGAAUAUAAACUGGCAAAAUCUUUCGGUGUUGAAACUCGUCCGGUUUUGAUCGGUCCAGUGUCCUUGCUCCUUCUUGGUAAAGCUAUCCCAAACUCUCCGACAGACUUUAAACCGAUUCAACUUUUAGAAGGACUUUUACCUGUCUAUGAAGAGAUCGUUAGACAUCUAGCUGAAGCUGGAGCAUGUUCUAUUCAAUUUGAUGAACCAUGUUUAGUUAUGGACUUAGAUCCAAAGUUGGCUCAAAGUUAUCACACUGCAUACUGCCGUCUUUCUAUUGCUGCGAAGAAGUCAAGCGGGGAACCAAUAAAGAUACACCUUACAACUUAUUUUGGAGAUAUUGUACCCAACCUAUCCUUUAUAUUUCCUGACCUUCCUAUUGAUGGUCUUCACGUCGAUUUAAUUAGAGCACCUGAACAAUUCGAAUCAGUUCUUAGUGCUGUCGCAAAACAUCCUACACUCCAGUUGUCACUUGGAGUUGUUAACGGGCGCAAUAUUUGGAAAAGUGAUCUAAAUUCUGCUUUUGACACAGUUAGUAGAGCUGUGGCAGUUUUAGGAGCAAAUCGUGUUAUUGUUGCACCAUCAUGUUCAUUACUUCACACUCCACAUUCCUUGGAUGCAGAGACUGAAUUGAACCCUGAAGUUAAAGAUUGGCUUGCUUUUUCUGUUGAAAAGAUUAAAGAAAUUGUUCUUAUCACCAAAUCUGCGAAUAAUGGAAUCGAUAGCAUUAAAGUUGAAUUAGAGGAUAAUCAACGAUCUGUUCAAAUUCGUCGUAAAUCUUCAAAAAUUCAUAAUCCAGCUGUUCAAGAAAGAUUAAAAGGAGUAAAUCCUGAUAUGAAACGUCGCAGAUCAACGUUCGACAAACGCUGGACAAAACAACAAGAAAUUUUCAAGUUACCUCGUUUUCCCACUACUACUAUUGGCAGUUUUCCUCAAACUGGGGAAGUUCGUAAAGCUCGUGCGGCAUUUAAACGUGGUGAUAUGUCAAAAGAGAAAUAUGAUGAAUUCAUUAAAGAUGAAAUAAAGAAAUGUAUUCAACUCCAAGAGAAAAAUGAUCUUGAUGUCCUUGUUCAUGGAGAAUUUGAACGUACUGAUAUGGUAGAAUUUUUUGGAGAACAUUUGGAAGGUUAUGCAUUUACGAAGAAUGGUUGGGUUCAAAGUUAUGGUUCUCGUUGCGUUAAACCUCCAAUUAUUUACGGUGAUGUCUAUCGCCCAAAACCUAUUACCACUGAAGUUGCUAAAUAUGCACAAUCUUUGACCAAAAAGCCAGUUAAGGGAAUGUUAACUGGACCUGUUACCAUGUUACAAUGGUCAUUCGUUCGUGAUGAUCAACAUCGCAAAUUGACUACACAACAACUUGCUUUGGCUAUUCGAGAUGAAGUUACAGACUUGGAAGCCUGUGGAAUUAGUAUAAUUCAAAUCGAUGAGCCUGCUUUACGUGAAGGUUUACCUUUACGUCAUAGCGCAUGGAAAGAAUACUUGGAUUGGUCCGUUGAUUGCUUCCUUCUUGCUAGCAGUUCGGUAGCUGAUAUCACACAAAUUCAUACUCAUAUGUGUUAUUCAGACUUCUUUGAUAUAAUUGAUGCAAUUCGUCGCAUGGAUGUUGAUGUGAUUACAAUUGAGAGCUCUCGUUCUGGUCUAAAGUUUCUGCGCCCUGAAUCAUUCACCUACUCGAAUGAAAUUGGACCAGGAAUUUAUGAUAUACACUCACCACGUAUUCCACGUCAAGAAGAAAUGGAACAUCGAUUAGAAGAAAUGUUGAAACGACUUAAACGUGAUAACAUUUGGGUUAACCCAGAUUGUGGGUUGAAAACCAGAAAAUGGGAUGAAGUUGAUUUAGCUUUGAAAAACAUGACUGAGGUAGCGAAAAAGUUUAGAUAUAAAAAUACAAAUAGAGGAAUAAUAGCUGAAUUUCAUUAUUUUGUUUUCAAAACUGAUUUUAUCAUUUACGUUGGUGACAAAGAUGUAUCACUUAGACGCGAAUAG